AUGGCGAAUGACGACGAAAUGGCUUAUUUAUUCGCAAUCCAAAAUCAGCAAAAUCAAAUUAAUUUUCAACCUAACCCAAGAACUGUUAAUAAUAAUAUCAUAAACUCAUUUGAACUUACAGAUUCGGCAUUUAUUAAAAACUAUAGACUUACAAAAAAUUUAGCUAAUUCAUUAAUUCAAGAACUUAGUCCUUUUCUUAAGUCACCGAAAAGAUCUUCAGAUUUAGAUGUAUCAACAAAGGUUUUAGUUGCCUUAAACUUUUUUGCCACUGGUAGCUACCAGACUCCAGUUGGUAAUAGUAGAUUUACCUCAGUUUCCCAAAGUUCUGUGUCUCGUUGCAUUGAAGAAGUCACAUCUGCAUUAAAUACUGAUGAUGUAUUUGGGAAAUGGGUAAAAUUUCCUAGUAGCUUAAGAGAACUUAGAAAAGUUCGAAAUGAAUUUUAUGAGACUACAGGUAUUCAGGGUUGUAUUGGAUGUAUUGAUUGUACCCAUGUAGCAAUUGUGCCACCAAUUAAAGAUCCUUUAAAUGCUCAUUCUGAAUAUAUUUAUGUUAACCGAAAAGGAUACCACUCUAUUAAUGUGCAAUUGAUAUGUGAUUCUAAACUUAGAAUUUUGAAUGUAAAUGCUCUGUUCCCUGGAUCAACGAAUGAUUCAUAUAUAUGGAAUAACUGUGAUAUACUCCCAAUAUUGGAACAAAUUUAUCGGAAUGGCCAACAAGGAUAUUUUUUAUUAGGUGAUUCUGGAUAUGCAUUAAGACCAUGGUUGCUAACACCUAUUAAUGACCCAGUAACUGAUGUUGAGCAGUAUUACAACAAAAUACAAAUGACAACGCGAAGUGCAGUAGAGAGAUGUAAUGGUGUUCUAAAAAUGAGAUUUAGGUGUCUUUUAAAACAUAGAUUUCUUCAUUACCACCCUGAAAAAUGCACGAAAAUUAUAAACGCAUGUACAGUAUUACACAAUAUGUGUAUAAUACAUAAUGUUGAACUGCCGGUAGAAGAAGGCCCAACAAAUAUAGAAAUGGGUAUAAUUCAACAUUCAAAUCACCAAAAUAAUGGUCAGCAUUUUGGAGGAAAUGAUUUGUUGCUAGGUAGACAAACACGAUCAGUGGUUGCAAAUUAUUUGUAUAGAAAUAGACGGCAUUAG